UUGUGAUGUGUUUACAAUUUAUGACAACAUACAUUUUGCUGGAGCUUUUUUGCACCUUUUGCCACUUAAAUUAGCUAUGAAAUGUCAAGUAUAAGAGUGUCUUGUGCUUUAGUUCGAACUUCAGUGUUUUAGAAUUUCCCAGCGGUUAUCUUUUCUUUCCAUCAUGAUCACUUAAUCUUGUCACACUAAUGGUUUGUGGCCCUUCGCUGCCACACAAUCACUAUCGGUUUUCAGAACAACUUGAGUGUUUAAGUGCAAAAUUGAGGUUGAAUAUUAGGGAUAAUGGGAUAAUGUUGAAACUAACUUUUUUUCUUACGUUUAUUUUUGGAAUAUUAUUCUCCAUAGUCUUGCACAAGCUAUCAAUAUAUCUUACCACUGACUCCGUUCGUUAUGUUCCACCCGAUACCAAAGUAUUCACUUUAAUUCCCUUUGAAUCAUCUCUACACAAUGAUAUUUUGGACAUAGCACCUCGACCUUCAGAUGUAGAGCCUUCGUAUUCUGAAGGUGAAGCUGUAGCAUCGCUGCAAAUAGCGUUGGAAGUUUGGAAAUCUGGAAGAUUGGAUAAAGCGAAGAAAUUAUUUGAGCACGCCGUCACAUUAGCGCCUAAAUGCCCAGAUAUUUUAACUUAUUAUGGAGAGUUCCUUGAAGAGAGUCAAAAUGACAUCUUAGCUGCUGACCAGUUGUACUUCAAGGCAUUGGUCCAAAGUCCAAAUCAUCGGAGGGCAAUCACAAACAGGCAACGCACAGCAUCUUUGGCUGAGGAAAUUGACAGGACAACGUUAAGAAGGAUCGAUAAGAAAAGGGAUCAUGUUGCAAGCAUACCAGACUCUGAUCCAGCUUUACAAAAAGCUAAGAAAGAAUCCUACUUCCAGCACAUUUACCACACCGUCGGAAUUGAAGGAAACUCAAUGACUUUAUCCCAAACGAGAUCAAUCGUGGAGACAAGGAUGGCAAUCGGUGGAAAAAGCAUAGCUGAGCAUAAUGAGAUUUUGGGACUGGAUGCUGCAUUGAAGUACAUUAAUGCAACUUUGAUCAAAAGACUUGGUAAAAUUUCCAUCGACGACAUUUUAGAAAUUCAUCAACGAGUCUUGGGGUUUGUUGAUCCAAUCGAGAGUGGCGCUUUCCGUCGCACGCAAGUUUUUGUCGGUGGUCACAUCCCGCCGACUCCCCAUCACAUCCCUCCUUUGAUGGAAGAGUUUGCUGAAUGGCUCAACUCGGACCAGGCUCUAAGAAUGCAUCCAGUGCGGUAUGCUGCUUUAGCACAUUACAAACUAGUUCAUAUUCAUCCCUUCACAGAUGGGAACGGACGAACUUCCAGACUACUUAUGAAUAUGAUAUUGAUGCAAGCUGGUUAUCCACCGGUGAUCAUCCCGAAACAAGAACGGCACAAGUAUUACCAAAUGCUAGAACUGGCGAACGAAGGUGACAUCAGGCCAUUCAUAAGGUUCAUCGCUGAGUGCACAGAGCAGACUCUAAAUCUAUUCAUUUGGGCGACCACUGAAUUUGGCACAACAGUUCCAGCGCUAGACGUUGACGUAAAAACUAUCAUGGGAACCCUCUGUUGAAAGGACCACCAGACGAAAUAAGAAUUGAAGCAUCAAAAUCCAUGGUCCCAUCAGAAGUCAAAGCAGAACAUAUCAAACAUGUUGGAAAUUUCCAAAAUAAUUUCAUGAGCUUUCAUUGUUCGUGUUAUUCAUGUGGGUGAUUGUUGUUGUACGUCUUUUAAGCAAGCUUGUACAUACUGCAUCAAUUCAAUGUGUGUGAACGUCAUGUAUAAAGAAUACAUUUGAAUUAUUCCUGAGACUGAAUGAAUUGUGUGAAGAAUUCUGAAGGAACGGAAUAAUGAAAAUUUAGAGAAGUGCACUGUAUCAGACAAUUUUUUUACUUUUCAUUACAAUCUGGAUGUAAUUAUUACAGGUAGAACUUGGGGGCAUUUUAUUUAUUAGGGAACAAUCACAAUCGGAAAACUUGCUCAGAAGUAGAAAAAAUCUAACUCCAAUAAUAAUAUUCAAUGGAUUUUAGAAUAGGCUCGCAACAAUGUAUGUUCCGAUUGAUUUGCAAAGUUGUUUACUCUCGUUGCUUGCAAAUUUUGAUCGUAGAAUAAUCUUCAUAGAAUGCUCAGUUCAUAGUGCUGGAGGGAAAAAAAGCUCUCUGAGAACCUCCUCCGAUUUUUUGUGUGACCAGUCAAAAUUUAGUCACUGCAAGUUUUUUUUCCUCUUAUCGUUGCGUUUAUUUUUGGUUACUUGCGUCGUACUCGAGUCGGGAUGUAUACAACAUCUGAAUCUUUGUAAAAACCAUCUAGAGGAUGUAUCCUUAGUCAGGGCAAAAUAGGAAAGACAGAAAUUUAUUUAAAAAAGACAGUGAGUGUUAUUUUCACCCAGGCAAGACCUGUGAAUUUCAAUGUUUUAUUCUUCUGGGACGAACAAUUCUGCUAAGCAGUCAUUUGACUCAUGCUUAGUCAAAAAUUAUCCUAAUACAAACUUUUGAUGUGAAAUUUUUUUCCGGUUAAUUCUGAGUUUUUAGUCAGGGAAAAACCUGUGUUUUUCAAUAUUUCUGUGAUGUGUCUUUAUUUUACUAAAGUUUGUUUGUUUCAUGUAUAUUAUUGUUUGUUUCAUGUAUAUUAUGUAUAUAUCACAUUCAUUUCUCUAUUUUAAGUACUUAGAUGUUGCGGAGCACCAUAGAGUGCUGUGGAAGGGGCUCUUAUGUAUGUAAUUUUAAGCACUUUGUGGGCAAAAGUAUCCUAAAGCAUCUUUAAAAAUCUUCGCUCUUUUUCCCAAAAAAUUGUGAACACUAGUGGACAGAAUUAUUUCAAUGCAUCUUCGAUGCAUGAAAAAAGAGAAAAGUUUAAGAAGGUACCAGAACACAAAUUUACACUGAAUAACUUGGUUCUCUUCUAAUAGAGUCCACAUCAAUGAGUUUAUGCACUUUUAGACCGCGACAGGAGAUCAUGUGACGUCAGUUUAGCAUUGAAAGCAAAUGCAAGAAUCAAGAUGGUGGAUCUUCUAUCGCAGUUUAAAGGUACUUAAACUUAUUUUUUGUGGACUCUAUAUCAUACCAAUCACCUUCUCUCUCUCCUAAGAAUUUGACCAGUCACUCAUUACGUUUUCCUCCUUGGGAUCAAUGGAGUAAGCAGCAAAGUAUAUACAUAAAAAUGAACAGAGAAGAUGCAUUGAAAUAACAUGAGAAAUCUGUGCUAAUGUUCUCAGAAUUUGAAUGAUAACUAUAAAUUCCUGUUGCAGGUUCUUGGGUCAUCUGAUUCUCUUUAAACACGCACUUUAUCCUGUGGUAGGAUUUUAAUAAAUGGCUGUGAUUAGAUUAAGAUGGAUUUUUCGAAAAGUUGGAUGAACAGUGCCCUGUGUUUUCUAAUAUUCUAUUAUAAGUCUAUCAUCUAUUCUAUUUUAGAGCUGUCAUUAUGCUAUUGAUUGUUUUUAAUUUUACAGAAGAAUUUUAGCACCCGGUAAUUUGUGGUAGAGACUUCUACUGAUGUCGAAAAUGCUGAAAUAUUGAAAAUGUAUGGAAAACGGUAGAAAUAUUAAAGGAAACUGUAGAUGCCCUGAAUGAAGGGUUGCCAAAUGUCUAGAGGGUAACUAAAGUUCUCCUGUAAUGGAUGAAUCGCUUACUCUUAAUAUUUAUUCUAUUUGGACGCAUUUUUGCAAAAGGAGUUUAUCAGCAUUGGAAUAUUUAAGAAAGAACAUACGUAUCUAAGGGAUGAUUGGACUUCGGGAUUGAAGUUUGCAGGCUCGUUUGAGCUGAAUUUGAUGCUCAAGUAUUGUUGUAAAUGGAGGACUCAGCAAGCAAAAGACGUGAAUCGGUGUGGAAAA